AGUUUGUUGACUUGUUAGAGCAGGCGGUUCUGUAAAUUUCGUGAAGUAACGAUGAAGUGUGCCAUUUUUGCGGUUUUAUUGAUGUGUUUGAUGGAAACGCAAGGAAAUCAGCUCAGUGAACAGCAAAUGAACAGCCUGUUCAAGAUUUUUGACCGACUUGGAAGUGCUCUGAAUAGAAACAAAACAAUGACGGAGGAUGGAUCUGGCAAAAAUCUAUACGUAAUUAAAAAUCUAUCGCUGCAUGUUUCUUUUAACAUCGAUUCAAUUGAUAAUGGUUCGGAGGAGGUGGCUGAGGCGAAAUCUGCUGAUUUGACACCAAAUAUCGUUGCCAACAUUUCCGACCUUUUCGAAAGAAUUACCAAAUUGGAAUCUAUUCUGCAGCAGAAUCAAAAACCGAUGGUAGAAGAAAUUAUUGUCUCAACAUCAAACGUUGAAACUGUCCCGGAGAAGUCCGAAUGGGAUCCAUGCAAAACGGCCACCACAUCGGGAUUGUUCAAAGCUGUCCCACUGAAUCAAACCGUUUACUGUGAAAUGACGACUUUUGGUGGUGGCUGGCUGGUGUUUCAGCAGCGAAUCAUCAAGGAAGACAGAUCUCAGCUGAUCUUCAACCAAGGCUGGGACAAGUACCGUACUGGAUUUGGCACCGUUGGGAGCGACACGGAAUUCUGGCUCGGCCUCGAGGCCCUGCAUCAGAUCACCAAUAGUGACGAGUACGAGCUGGUCAUUGAGUUGAAGGAUAAAAAUGAAAAGUACGGAUAUGCGAGAUAUUCUCAGUUUAAGGUCGCUGGCGAAGGUGACAAGUACCGGCUCACGGUCGGAGGUUACUCGGGAAGUGCAGGCGAUGCCUUAGGAACUUCGAAUAGUAUGCCUUUUUCGACUUACGAUAGGAGAAACUAUAGUCCGGAGUGUGAGAAUUACUGGGAUGGUGGCUGGUGGUUUAACACAUGCGAUCGUCUGUGUGCUCCCAAUUUCGGCGUUGGACCUUACUGGUUUAGAUUCACAUACACGGAAAACACCGCUAAUGGAAUUUACAGCAGAAUGAUGAUUCAUCGCAAAUAGUUACAGAAUAAAGUAAUAAAAAAAGUGUUUUUAAUCCCGA